AUGUACACUAAAGAACCACAAAAUGAACACUUGGAGGAUGAAAAUGUCCAGUCAUCUACAAUUACUGAGAUCCUCAGAGCUGAUGAACAUGAAGAAACUAAGGAAACCAUCUUGCCAGAAACAGAGGAAACAAAAUCACAGAUAGAAGAGAAGGUUUUUUGUCCUUCACUGAAUAGAGCUAUUACAAGUGGAAGUAUACUUUUUAUGAUAUGGUGUGUAGCCUGGGUAUUCUCAGGCCCUGAAGUUCUUCCUAAUGGUGGUUUAUUUGGACUGUUAAUUAUCUUUUAUUGUGCCCUUAUUGGGGGGAAACUUUUGGAAAUCAUUAAAGUACCUUCAGUGCCUAAAAUUCCUCCUCUCCUUGGGAUGUUACUGGCUGGUUUUGUCGUUAGGAAUGUUCCAUUCCUCAGUGAUGUCACCUAUAUUAGUAAUGAACUGUCUUCAACUUUAAGAAAUACUGCCCUUACCAUUAUUCUAGUGCGAGCUGGGCUUGGACUCGAUCCAGAGGCUUUGAAGAAUUUGAAGCGAGUUUGUAUAAGAUUGUCUAUGGGUCCAUGUCUAAUGGAGGCUUGUUCAACUGCUGUUAUUUCCCACUUCCUUAUGAAUUUUCCCUGGCAGUGGGCAUUUCUGUUGGGUUUUGUAGUCGGUGCAGUUUCUCCUGCUGUUGUUGUCCCUUCUAUGCUACAUUUGCAAGAAAAGGGAUAUGGUAUUGAGAAAGGCAUUCCAACCUUAUUAAUAGCUGCCAGCAGUUUGGAUGACAUCGUGGCUAUCUCUGGAUUCAAUGCAUGCUUCAGCAUAGUUUUCUCCUCAGGUAACAUAUCUAAUAACAUCCUAUCCCCUCUUCGGGAUGCAGGUCUUGGUGUGCUUUCAGGAAUUGUUUUGGGAAUGUUUGCUCGACAUUUUCCAAGUAGUGAUCAGGAAAACCUUGAAGUGAAGAGAGCAUUUUUAAUUUUGAGUAUGUGUAUUUCUGCUGUCUUAGGCAGCCAUAAAUUUAAUAUGAACACAGCUGGAGGAUUGUGCACACUAGUAUUGAGUUUCAUUGCAGGGACAGGUUGGUCCAAAGAAAAGGUUAGAGUCCAAAAAAUCAUUGGAAUUGCAUGGGAUAUUUUCCAACCUGUUCUGUUUGGUUUGGUUGGAGCAGAAGUAUCUGUUGCAUCUCUUAAAUCAAAUGCUAUUGGCGUUUCUGUUGGUACUGUGAGUUUGGCAUUAUUGGUUAGAAUUUCUUUUACAUUUGUAUUGAUGUCUUGUGCCGGUUUUAAUUUUAAGGAGAAAAUAUUUAUUGCUUUAUCAUGGAUGCCGAAAGCUACAGUCCAGGCUGUAUUAGGUCCUCUGGCUCUAGAAAAAGCAAGAAUGAGUGCACCCCAUUUGGAAUCAUAUUCGAAGGAUGUGAUGACAGUAGCCUUUUUAGCCAUCUUGAUCACAGCUCCAAAUGGAGCUCUAAUUAUUGGCAUUCUGGGACCUAAACUACUCACUCGCUAUGAUACAAACAAAGUGAAAAUGGAGUUAUCAGGAUCACAACCUCAUUAA